UCUCAAAUCUCUAGGUAAUAUGGCUACUAGUAUUGAAUGUUCCAAUCACUCAGAGACUGUAAUAACCAAGAGCGUCAAGGAAAUGUCCAUUAAUGGCGAUGAUCCACCUUCUACAUACCUAGUGAGAGAAUCUAAGUUCGGUUCCAUUGACACAUCUGCCCCUACGGCUACAAUUCCAGUAAUUGACCUCAGUCUCUUCUACUCUUCUUCUUCUUCAUCAUCAACUUCACCAGCCGAAUCCAACGAGCUAGACAAGCUCAGAUCAGCCCUCACCUCAUGGGGCUGCUUUCAGCUAACAGGUCAUGGAAUGUCCAAAGAAUUCCUCGAGAAAGUACGCGGAAUCACGAAAGGAUUCUUCGCGAAUCCUGAAGAAGAGAAGAAGAAAUCAGGUCGUCAAGCUGGAAGUGCAGAAGGAUAUGGAACUGAUAGAGUUGUCUCAGAUAAUCAAAUCCUCGACUGGUGCGAUCGUCUCUCUCUACGGAUCUUCCCCGAAGAUCAGAGGAAAUUGAAUCUCUGGCCAAAUCAUCCAGAAAAUUUCAGCGAGACUCUAGAAGAAUACGGGAAGAACAUAAAGUCAAUCGCUACUCUUCUAUUCACGGCGAUGGCUAAAUCGCUAAAUUUGGAAACCGAUUCCUUCUCGGAGAAAUUCAGCGGAAGAUCGAUCUUGCAAGCACGUCUCAUCCUGUAUCCGCCUUGUCCGAGGCCAGAUCAAGUGUUUGGAUUGAAAGCUCAUUCUGAUAGAUCUGGUGUCACCAUUUUACUGCAAGACAGAGAAGUGGAAGGUUUACAAGUUCGUAAAGACGAUGAAUGGUUCACAGUGCCUAUAAUUCCUGAUGCAUUGUUCGUCAACCUUGGAGAUCAAAUGCAGAUAAUGAGUAAUGGGAUAUUCAAAAGUCCGAUGCAUCGGGUGGUUACGAAUAACUAUAGAGAGAAGAUAUCGGUUGCUUUGUUUAACGAACCGGAACCGGAGAAGGAGAUCGGGCCUGUGGAUGGAUUGAUCGAUGAAGAUCGGCCGAGAUUAUACAGGAAUGUGAAGAACUAUGCUGUUUUUAACUAUGAAUGCUUUCAGAAAGGUGUGGUCGCCAUUGAAGAAGUUAGGGUUUAUGAAGAUGGUGCAUAAAUAACUAAACUUCA